AUGUAUGCAAUUAAAAAAAUAGCAGAUUAAAAAUUCCUAAUCUUGGUACUUUCGACAAAAAAAUACAGAUCUAUAUUUAGAGUUAAUAUGUUUGCAAAGUUUUUAUAAUUAUAUGAUUAGCAAUAGAAUUAUAACUUAGAAUAAUUGAAUAAAUAUAUAGAUGUUCUAGACUUUAUUCUUAAUGUUUCUAAUGCUGGCACUCAUUAUACAGCAUUUGAAAAUGAAUAAAGGUUAUUAGUGCCUUAUAUAAAGGCUAUUCAUUAUGUUUCAUAGUUUGGAGACUCUAGGAUGAAGGCUGAUGAAAGCCAAGAACUGAAAAAAGAUUUCGAAUAAAUGAAAUUUUUAGACAAUAAUAAAGUUUUAGUGAUUGAUUUUGACAGUUUUAUGUAUAGACUGUUGAUUACGUAUUCUAUACUAGUGAAUAGGGCUAAGUAGUAUGUAAUAAACGCUUUUAAUGCAUGUGAUUUGGAUGGAAACAGAAAGUGUAAUUUUUAGGAAUGGAGUUUAUUAAAUAGACAUAUUGAGCCUGAGAAGUUUGAUGAUUUUCAACUUUUUUAGAUUUUUGAGGAUAAUGCGGAUAUUUUUGAUGAAGGAGAAAAAAAUUUUUCUUUUGAUAAAUUUGCAAUUGUUAGUUUAGAAUAUGAGCUUUUUACAGAUGAGGCGUAAGACAAAUACUUGGGAAUUUAAAAUUAACUUCAGGUAAGAAUUAUAUUCGAAAAGAUUUUGGCAAAUUGGACGACCAACAAAAUGGAAGAAAUUAGAGAUAGAAUUAAUGCUAUUAGUAAUUUUGAAGAAAAAGAUGAUUGGAUCAAUAUUUUGGAAGUUUUGAACGAGAAGUUUAAUUAGAAUUCGGGAGUUACGAAUGUUUAGAGUCUUAAACCGUUGGUUAUUGCUUAUAAUAUUCUCGAUAAAGAAACAAUGAUGUUAUAUUAAGAUUUUAUGGAUAAUUAACUUAAAGAAUGA